CUAAUGGUAAUGUCGUAAAGACAGUAAGGCCCUUUAGGGCUUAGGCUUUGAUUUGUAGUUUUCCCUAAAUCGAGGAUCCAUUAAUCGAUACAUAGGAAGUAGCAAGCAUACUACAACUCCAUACGUCGAUACUCGACGACUCGACGUACCUCUCUCGUCUAUCCACAACUCCACCAGCGUCGCUCCAUCCUCUCCCGUCAACGUGAGAUCUAGAGACACCGAUGCCACAACUCCACUGACAUCGCUCCAUCCUUUCCCGUCAACAUGAGAUCCAGAGAUGCCGAUGCCCGAGAAGAUUUCCAACAUCAACUCAAUAAGAAAAGGAACAUCGCCAAGCUUUGCGUCAGCCUUUUGACAGAUUCUAAGACCUUAUGGACAUCCAGCCAUAUGUAGGAUUAUUGAAGUGAAUGGAGGUGUGUUUGGCGAUUCUAAAAAGGAUAAGUAACGAGAAAUGAGGCCGUCAACACAAAAAUCAAUAGACGUAUAAAGUUGCAAGUGAAAAUGUUUGGUCCAAGGGUUAUCUGAGAUGUUGAAAACCAAUCUGGACAGAGGAGUACAAAGAGAUGAAGAUGAAUUAAGAAACAUGAGAAAUGCCUUUGGAUCUGACACUUAUCUUGUAAAAAAGGAAAUAGCUUCUUUGGUAUUGAAGAAGGAUGGUAUGAUGGAGGAAGCAUUACCUUUGCUGUUCUUUUGGUUAUUUUUACAAUCCCUGCAAUUUCAGAAUCUAAAUGAGGCAAAGAGAAAUAUACAAAUAGAGAUUUGUGUGAUAACUAGAGAUGGGAGAAGAGAAAAGAUUUCAGUAUAUGAUGUAGUUGCUGGUGAUGUAAUACCUCUUAAAAUAGGUGAUCCGGUAGGGAGUAGAAUAUGCUCAAUCUUAGAUAAAGGUUACUCAAGAAGCAGCACAAGGCAGUAAUGAGCCAAAUAUUUUUAUAUUUUUUUAUGGUAAAGAUGUUGAAUCCAUCUUUAAAUGUUUGGUAUAAUCCCACUUUGUAUAUUUUUU